AUGGAAUCCACAGAAUCUCGCACUAUGAAAGCUCGUAGGGAUGCCUACAAAGCCAAAGGGCCUCUCAAGCAAGACGAUCUUAGGCGUCGUCGAGAAGAACAACAAGUGGAGAUCAGACGUCAGAAGAGAGAGGAGAACAUCUCUAAGAGGCGCAAUUUUCUUCCUUCAGCCGGUCCCGACUCUGAUGAAGAGAUUGGUGGAGGUGUCUGGGAUCCUCCCCUCGCCGAAGAAAUGAUUUCUGGUGUCUUUUCUGACGAUCCUGAGCGCCAGCUUGACGCGACAACCAAAUUCCGCAAACUUCUUUCAAAAGAAAAGAAUCCACCUAUCGAACGCGUAAUCGAUUGUGGUGUUGUUCCCCGCUUUGUUGAAUUCCUCAAAGUCGGGCAUGCAAUGCUUCAGUUCGAGGCUGCUUGGGCCUUGACCAACAUUGCCUCCGGAACUGCCGAACACACUCAAGUUGUCAUCAAUGCCCAGGCUGUUCCCGAAUUUAUUAACCUUUUGUCUUCACCCGUGCUUGAUGUUCGAGAGCAAGCUGUUUGGGCUUUGGGAAACAUCGCUGGUGAUAGCCCACAUUGCAGGGAUUACGUGCUUCAACAGGGGGCAUUGAGGCCACUGCUUACUUUGCUCAGCGAAAAUCACAAGCUCAGCAUGCUUAGGAAUGCUACAUGGACAUUGAGCAACUUCUGCCGAGGAAAGGCUCCUCAACCCGACUGGGACUUGAUUUCGCCGGCUUUGACCGUGUUAACCAAAUUGAUCUAUUCCCUCGAUGAUGAAAUAUUGAUUGACGCUUGCUGGGCUAUUUCUUACUUGUCUGAUGGUUCCAACGACAAGAUCCAAGCCGUCAUAGAAUCUGGAGUGUGCAGGCGCCUCGUUGAUCUCCUGUUGCACCAGUCAACCUCAGUCCAAACCCCAGCUCUUCGUUCCGUAGGUAACAUUGUGACUGGUGAUGAUUUACAAACCCAAGUGGUUAUUGCAUCCGGUGCCCUUCCCGCUCUCCUCUCUCUCCUCUCCUCUCCGAAGGAUGGGAUCCGCAAGGAGGCUUGCUGGACGAUUUCGAACAUCACUGCCGGCUCCCCGCCUCAGAUCCAGUCCGUCAUUGACGCGAAUAUUAUCCCUCCUCUCAUCAAUAUUCUUCAAAAUGCCGAUUUCAAAACCAGGAAGGAGGCGUGCUGGGCUAUUUCUAAUGCCACUUCUGGUGGUCUUCAGGAACCUGCCCAGAUACGCUAUCUUGUUUCCCAAGGAUGCAUCAAGCCUCUGUGCGACCUGCUGACCAUGAUGGACAACAAGAUCAUCCAAGUUGCUUUGGAUGGACUCGACAAUAUCCUAAAGAUCGGAGAGCAGGACAAGAUCGCAGCAGGUCCUGGCGCCGUUAAUCAAUACGCUCUUUAUGUCGAAGAAGCUGGUGGCAUGAUCACCAUCCACAAUCUCCAACAACACGACAAUCUUGAGAUCUACAAGAAGGCCUUCAACAUCAUGGACAAAUACUUCCCCGACGAAGAAGAGGUUGACACCGCCAUCAGCGCUCAAAGUGUAGAUGCAGCUGGUAACUUUGCCUUCCACUCCGACAUGAAUACGCCCCAGGGUGGUUUCAGUUUCGGACAGUGA